AUGAACGAUAUUGCGCAAAUCGGCAACUGGACCACAGAGGAGAGCGAGUACAUUCUGGCUUUGAUGAAAGAGUUCAAAGCUGGGACCCUUCCAAUCGCAAAAGGAACCACGCUGCGCAAGUUCCUUUCCAGGGAGCUGGGCUGCAACGUGAAUCAGAUUACCAAGAAGUUUAAGGGGACCAGCUACGAUGCCAGGAGCAAGUAUAGUGGUUCCCUCUCCUCCUCCAAGUCGCCCAUUGAGGAUCGCUUGAGACUCGACCAGCUGGAUAUGCUGAAGAAGAGAUAUCAGGAUGGUCAAAAGGACGCACCGGUAGCACCAAAGACCACCAAGAAGGCUGCUCGGGUUAUCGCUUCGGUGCAGCAUAUAUCCCAGCAUGCCAAAGCGCCACCUAUGACAACCGAAAUCACUGUGGCCGUGAUGCCUGUGGAACAAUCACCGGCUAUGGCCGCAGGUCAGCGGACUCUGCAAGACAUUGAUUGGCUGGCUUUGGCUGGGGGGCAGGCUCUCCAAGCUUUGAAUAACCAUCAAGCCAGUCCCCUGUCCACUGGUUUGAGCGGUGGUCUGAAGCAGCAGCAGCAAUCGGCCCCCGCAGCCAGUGUGACCUAUGCAAGUUUGACUGCUACCGUGGCCCCUACCCGGGAUAACUGGCAGCAGCAAACCCAGCAGACCCUAUCGUUCGGAAACGUGAACAGUGCCCCUUCCAGCAACGAGUGGGCUCAAGCUCUUCUAGGGUAUGGACAGCAGCAGCAAAGCAGCUCUGCCGCUUCGUUGUACAACAAUGCGGUUGAGCAAGCUCUCUUAGAGCGGUAUGGACACAGUGAUUCCCAACCAAGCCAUGCCGCUUCAUUGUACAGCGCUCAGUCCAACAAUGAAGUUGCUCAAGCUCUCUUAGAGCGGUAUGGACACAGUGAUUCCCAACCAAGCCAUGCCGCUUCAUUGUACAGCGCUCAAUCCAACAAUGAAGUUACUCAAGCUCUCUUAGAGCGGUAUGGACACAGUGAUUCCCAACCAAGCCAUGGAGCUUCAUUGUACAACACUCAAUCCCACAAUGCAGUUGCUCAAGCUCUCUUAGAGCGGUAUGGACACAGUGAUUCCCAACCAAGCCAUGCAGCUUCAUUGUACAGCGCUCAAUCCAACAAUGCAGUUGCUCAAGCUCUGCAAGGGUACGGAUACGGCAACCCCCAGUCGAGCAUUGCCUCUUCGAUGUACAGUACACCAUCGGACAGUGCGGUUGCCCAGGCACUCCUUGGGUAUGGAUACAGCGCUCCCCAACCAAGCACAGCCUCUUCGUUGUACGGCACUCAAUCCAACAAUGCUGUUGCACAAGCUCUCCUAGGUCACAGCGACCAAAACACGGCAUCGGCGUACAUGUCCCUCGACCCAAACGUCUUUGCUUAUUUGACUCAGGCGCCUUACUAG